CAUCACCAUGCUGGCCCUGCUCUUCCUGAUAAGCUACUUGUGUGUCGUCCAUACCUGUCGGACAGGGACUCUGCAGGAAUGCCAUGAUGCACCAUUCGUCCCAGGUCAUAACUUGGCUGGAGAGGGGUUUGAUGUGGUCACACUGCAGCACAAGGGAGCCUAUGUGUUAGACUUCCAGACAUAUCUGACCCCAACCAACACCUGCACAAUAUGUGAGAACCCACUUCAGGGCAACCAGCUGCAGAAACUGCCCCUUUCUGUAUUGGACUGGCGCUCUUUUAGCAACUGUAAGCAGGAGCUCACCAGUGCAAUACUCAACACGGCCACUAGUGUGGCAGAGAGCGCCACCUCUGUCAUAGAGAAUGAUUGGAGCAUGGGACUAGAGAUCGCUGACCUGGGGAACAUGAAUGUGGGGGGCAGCCAUUCCAAUGCUGUGGAAUUUGCCAUGUCCCAGUCUAGAGAAGACAAGUCGGCCUUCACCUCUCACCAACUCAGCUGUGCCCAUUACAGUUAUCGUGUGCCAUGCCGUCCUCCUCAAAGCUCAGAGUUCCUGAAGCAUGUGCAGUCUCUUCCAGCAGAGUUCACUAAUGAGACUCAACCCCUCUACCGUCGGCUUGUUGAAACGUACGGCACCCACUACAUCGAGCAGGUACGCCUCGGGGGCCGUCUGACCCGCCUCACCUCCAUCCGCUCCUGUCUGGCCACUGUGAAUGGUCACUCGGCUUCCAAGGCAAAGGACUGCAUCAACACUGGGCUUUCCAUUGGUCUGGGCUACGUCGAUCCAUCAUUCACCACCAGCAAUUGCAAAUCACUUCUACAGAAUGAAGACUCCCAAACACAGUCCCAGCUCUCUUACCUGAACCAUGUUACAGAGGUGCUGGGUGGCAACAAGUGGCUGGGAGAGGUGUCACUCCAAAAAAACGAUUCUGUUGAGUUCAGAAGCUGGUUGCAGACCCUGAAGGAAAUCCCUGACAUUCUCUCCUACACUCUGGUUCCACUCCAUGAGCUGGUUGCUGACCCCACCGUUAGGAGAAAUGUGAAGGACAUAGUGAGGCAGUAUCUUAGGGACAAUGCUGUGCCCAAGGAGCAACCUUCACAGCAGUGCACUGGCAAGCCCAACCUUUCCCCUGAAUGUUGCCCGCUGUCCCCAAUGAAGGGACGUCUUCGAGUGACCAUUAAAAAUGCCUGGUUGCCUGGGUCUGGUCUGGACCCUAUUGGACCACCUGAUCCUUAUGUCAAGAUGUGGCUGGAGCUGGGGCAAGACCAGAGGCAUUUCCAUCAGACACACUAUAUCGAAAACAACGCCAAUCCCAAAUGGGACAUAGAUUAUGAUCUUGGCCGUGUGGAAGCUCAAUAUGAGCUUGUGUUUCAGGUGUGGGACAAGGACGUGAAAUAUGACGACCACGUUGGAACGUGCCGCACCUGGCUGACUGAGGGCUUAACCCGAGGUAGUUGUAAUCUUUCUAAAAAGGAUAGAUUUACUUACUCCUAUACCCUCACUUGUGACCCACAACUAAUGGGUUAUCAGUGUUCUCGGUACAAAGCAAGCCAGAGAGAAAACUGAAGAGGUGAAAUAAAGUCAAGUAACAAGGUCAGAUGAGUUCAUGCAAAUGAACGCUUUCACUUACUUACUAGAUGAAUGUGUGCAGAGAUUGCUCCAAAUAAACAUUGAUGAAUAUCUUCAA